GGUCGGAGGAGGUUUCUGGCUCAGAACCUAGGACCUUAGUUCAUCAGGCUGGUCCCGGGUUGCUGGGUGGUGAGCCUGGGGCUUUACUUGGCUUUCCCAAUCCUGGUGGGUCCUGCUUCCCCAGGCACUGACCUGUGGCCUGGACCCACCCUCCACCCCAUGCGCAGUACAGCGGGGGCGGGCAGAGGGCGGGGCUGCUGCCAGAUCUAGUCAGACAGGUGGAGCCGCCGGGGCAGGAGUCUCAAAGAGCCAGGCUCCAGGAGAGGAAGGGCUCUGCGAGAGGAGAGAGGAGAGCGCUGGAGAGGAGAGGCUGGAGAGUCCUGAGCCAGGAUGGAGGCUGUUAUAAACUUGUACCAAGAGAUGAUGAAGCACGCAGAUCCCCGGAUCCAGGGCUACCCUCUGAUGGGGUCCCCCUUGCUAAUGACCUCCAUCCUCCUGACCUACGUGUACUUCGUUCUGUCACUUGGGCCUCGCAUCAUGGCUAAUCGAAAGCCCUUCCAGCUCCGUGGCUUCAUGAUUGUCUACAACUUCUCACUAGUGGCACUCUCCCUCUACAUUGUUUAUGAGUUCCUGAUGUCAGGCUGGCUGAGCACCUAUACCUGGCGCUGUGACCCUGUGGACUAUUCCAACAGCCCUGAGGCACUUAGGAUGGUUCGGGUGGCCUGGCUCUUCCUCUUCUCCAAGUUCAUUGAGCUGAUGGACACAGUGAUCUUUAUUCUCCGAAAGAAAGAUGGGCAGGUGACCUUCCUACAUGUCUUCCAUCACUCUGUGCUUCCCUGGAGCUGGUGGUGGGGGGUAAAGAUUGCCCCGGGAGGAAUGGGCUCUUUCCAUGCCAUGAUAAACUCUUCUGUGCAUGUCAUAAUGUACCUGUACUACGGAUUGUCUGCCAUUGGCCCUGUGGCUCAACCCUAUCUUUGGUGGAAAAAGCACAUGACAGCCAUUCAGCUGAUCCAAUUUGUCCUGGUCUCACUGCACAUCUCCCAGUACUACUUUAUGUCCAGCUGUAACUACCAGCACCCAGUCAUUAUUCACCUCAUCUGGAUGUAUGGCACCAUCUUCUUCAUGCUGUUCUCCAACUUCUGGUAUCACUCUUAUACCAAGGGCAAGCGGCUGCCCCGUGCACUUCAGCAAAAUGGAGCUCCAGGUAUUGCCAAGGUCAAGGCCAACUGAGAAGCAUGGCCUAGAUAGGCGCCCACCUAAGUGCCUCAGGACUGACUGCACCUUGGGCAGCGUCCGUCAGUGCCCUCUCCACCUACACCUGUGACCAAGGCUUAUGUGGCCAGGACUGAGCAGGGGACUGGCCCUCCCCUCCCCACAGCUGCUCUACAGGGACCACGGCUUUGGUUCCUCACCCACUUCCCCCAGCCAGCUCCAGGGAUGUGGCCUCAUUGCUGUCUGCCACUCCAGAGCUGGGGGCUAAAAGGGCUGUACAGUUACUUCCCACUCCCUGCCUUAAACUUGGGAGAGGAGCACUCAGGGCUGGCCCCACAAGGGUCUCGUGGCUUUUUUUCUCACAGAAGAGGUCAGCAAUAAUGUCACUGUGGACCCAGUCUCCCUCCUCCACCCCACACGCUGAAGCAGUAGCUUCUGGGCCAAAGGUCAGGGUGGGCGGGGGCCUGGGAAUACAGCCUGUAGAGGCUGCUUACUCACUUGUGUCUUAAAUUAAAAGUGACAGAGGAAACCA